CCCGCCAUCUAGAUGAAAGAUAGAGAAAUUCUAUUAUUACAAGAUCUAUUACAAGUAACCUUUCUGCUCUGCUGCUAACUACUUGCAUUUCUUUGAAUCUGCGGCAUACAAUGGCGGUCAUUUCAGGUUCUGAGUUGAAGAAAGAGAACGUCAUUUCAGGUUCUGAGCUGAAGAAAGGGAAAAUGAAGAAAGGAAAGCAAUCUGAAAAGGGUAUUUCUUCCCUUGCAAAGCGCAAUAGUUCUCCCGGAAUACGUCUUGUGGGUGGUCGAAUUUAUGAUUCUGUUGAUGGAAAGUCAUGCCAUCAGUGCCGCCAAAAGACUAGGGACUUUAUGGUUGGUUGUAAGAAUAUGCGAACGAAUAAGCUUUGUUCUAUUAAUUUCUGUCAUAAAUGCCUAUCAAACAGGUAUGGUGAGAAGGCAGAGGAAGUAUCACUUUUGGAGGAUUGGAAAUGUCCAAAAUGCAGAGGCAUUUGUAACUGCAGUCUUUGCAUGAAGAAACGGGGUUGCCAACCCACUGGUCAACUUGUGCACACAGCAAAGGCAACUGGAUAUUCUUCUGUUUCAGAUAUGCUGGAGAUUACUGGGAUUAACAAUAGUGAUCAAAUCAAAGUUCUGAAAGACAGGAUCAGUUCAUGGAAAAAGAUCAAUAUUUCAAACAAUGAGGAAAGUAUAGUUUCUUCAGAAAAUAGAGGGAAGGAAAAUUGUAUUGAAGAGGUGAGUGACAUAAAUGCAAAUUCUUCUGCCUUGUCCAAAAAUCUCAGUGAUAAUCCAUCUGCGGGAUGUAAAAGGAAAAAGGUUAAUGGAAAGCCUGAUGGCACUUUGUCAAAGGAUAUUGUAGUGAAUGACCUUGAUGGUCCACAUGAUGGUAAAAAGAAACCAAAAAAGUUGAUGCAAGGACAACCAGAAUCAGAAUUCGGUAGCAAGAAAGGCUCUGUUGCAUCAGUGAAAGAAACUCUAUCAAUAGAGUCUGAAGAUUUCAGAAAGAUCAAGGAAAGAUCUCUCAAGGAAGGUUCUAUGAAAGAUAACACUAUUGAAAAUAAUGAUCCUUUUACCUUGACUCCAUUGCCCCAGGGAACCGCUUUGACAGCUGUUGGUGACAUUGAUUUACAGCCGGAAGAUGUUGGGAAUGCUUUACAAUUUUUAGAGUUUUGUGUGGUUUUCAGAAAGAUACUUGACAUCAAGAAGGGGCAACCAGAAGCUGUUCUCAGAGAUAUACUGCAGGGGAGAAGUUCGCGACGUGGAAAAUGUUCUUUGACGAUACAGUUUCUUAGUAACUUACUAUCUUUCUUAAAAGAGGAGGAGGAAAAAUCUUCAGCAGAAACCUUGACAGAAGGGAAAAACUCAUGGCAUGCUGAUGUCAAAAUGUUGAUCUUAAAAUCCCCCAGUGUUUCAAGAACCACGGGAUUAGAUUCUUUAGGUAAUGAUGCUGAAGAAUUUGAGAACUUGAAUCCCUCAGAAAAGAUCAAGAUCUUAAAUUUUGUCUGCGAUGAACUUCUUGGAACUGUAAAGAUAAGGGAUUGGAUUGUUGAUCAAAACUCAAAAUUUGCUGUAAAGGCAAAGGAAGCAAAAGAAAAAGUUACUGCUGCAAAAGAUGAGGAGAAGCGCCUGAAGCAGAAAAUGCAGAAUGAGAUAGCUCAAGUCAUUAUUGCAAAGAAUGGUGCUCAACUCUCAAUAUCGGAACAUGAAGCAGUUGUUUCUCAAAUUAAACGUGAAGCAGCAGAAGCUCAGGCUUCUGUGGUGGAGUCAAAGAACACUUAUUCAAAAUAUAAUCAAAGAUCUGAAGCUGUUAGGUUGGAGCCUUUCUUUUUAGGCACUGAUGGUAAUGUGUAUUGGACACUAAAAUGCUAUGGUGACAAAUCCAUUCUUUUAUGUCAAGAUGUAGGAACUGGUGAUACUGCUGCAUCAGAUGAAAAAUGGUCUGCUUUUGAUGCUGAACAGAAAGAAAUCAUUGAGAAGCACAUUAAUUCUUUAAGGGCAAAGAUGGUUAGAACUCACAAGGUCCUGCGGAAACCACCUCACAAUAAUGAAGCUACUGCUUAAGAUCUUACUGAUUUUUCCUGCAAUUCCUUGGAGGAAUGUAAUGGAUAGCAGCUUGUCUGAUGAAUGGUCUUUUUACCUGAUCUUGCAAAUCCACAGUACCAGACAAGAAGAAUGUGGAAAAUGGAAAAAAGAUUACAUUUACAUUUCAAUAUGCUACCUUUUGGUUGCAACUUUUUAGAACUCUGAAUUGCAGUUGUAUCUUAGCUUUGUAUGUUCUGUGCCUUCUCCAUAUACUUCCUUUUGAUGUUCCUAUUUAAAUUCCAUUUAAUAGUAGCAUGAUAUUAUUGUAAUUACAAACUUGUAGCUA